UACACAGACAUUGACUUUGCAAGAAUCCCUGAUGCUUUAAAAGACAACUGUUCACGGUACUACAGCUAUGUAGUUAAUGCAGAAUUUACUAAUAUAGGAACUUAUAUUGUUACAGUAGCUUAUGGUGAACGGUAUAAAAAUGUUUCUGUUGUUGUUCGCCAGGUACUACUAACUGUUUAUAACACAAAAUCUGAAGUCUUAAAUCAAACUGCCGUUGUUCAAUUAUUCUGGAAUGCAACAGACUCCCCAAAAGCAGUUAGCUACCAGCUUACAACUAAAGAUAGCAACCAAAAUUGGUUCCUUGAAUACAAUACGUAUGCUUACAUGAAAGAUUUUUGUUCAAAUAGCAAUAUGCCAGAAAGACAUGUUUUAGCUGAAAUUGUCAUUGAGAAAACUGCACCCCUUGAAAAUUUCAGUGGAGUCAUCACUUUUUCAAAUGAUACAGUUGAACUUGUUUUGGGCAGUAACGUUAUUAAUUUGCAUUUGAACUUUGUAACAAAACAAAUCUACUUGUAUUAUUUCAGCAGUAGUGGUGGACUUUACUAUUCCAAAAAUGAAAAUACAGAUAAUGAUAAUAGCUUGCACUACAUAGUUUUUGAACAACAAAGCUUCUUACACUUGAUCAAAUUCAGUUUAACUAAAGAACAUCUUUAUACCUUUAGCCUGAGUGUAUACUUAGACAAGAGAGCAGAACUGUACAGAUCCUUGAACACAACGGACACUGAUAUUCACCUGUAUAGUAGUGGACCUGCACAAGUGGGUGUUACACAGUAUAUCGUGUGGUUUCUUCCUCUUCAGGAUUCCCUGGUUCAAUGUAAAUGGAAUUUUAAAGUUGAGAUUGAGUGUCCUAAAAAGCACUUUAUCAUGUUGGAAUUAAGUUAUAGUGAUAAUGUCAGAAAUGGAUUUGUAUAUAUUCCUGAUGUUAUUCUGCCAUUUGACCCUACUUUUUAUGCAGGAUUUGUUAGUGGUUUUAAUUGUUCAUCAGGAAGCGGAGAAGGUUACUUUGAAUUAAGUGUCUAUUUUGAGAAAAAUAUUUUUAAGAGGCAAGGUGCACCAGUGUAUUUUGUUGAAAAACCCUGCACUCUUCCCAGAGUUGUCAUACAGAAGCCAAGCCCCCCUAUUAUAGCAUCGAAAAAAAAGACUGAACAAACUAUUUUUUCUUCAGUUGCAAUUGACUGUUCGGAUGACAGCGGGUUGAGAUUCUCCUGGAAGAUAUACAAUGUUACAGAUAACAAUUCUUUACCAGAUUGGGACAAUAACCUUAAUGUACCACUGAUUUCCCCAGUUGACAAAUAUUUUUUAUUUAUUCCCAAAGAUUCUUUAGAGAUUGGUUUAUACCUGCUGAAUUUCACUGUAAGCUUUUCCACAGCAGAGGGAAUGACCUUUAAAAAUUCUGACCGAGUUUUUGUAGAAAUCCAGAAAAGUGAUCUUGAAGCUGACAUUUUAGGAGGCUCUUAUAGAACUGUUGAUUUUAACAAACCUUGGGUGCUUAAUGGAUCACUUUCUGAAGACCCGGAUGCACCUAACACAUUAGAUGGGUUACAUUUUGUUUGGUACUGCUCAAAAAAUGCAUGGGAUUUCCAAACAAUGAUUUGGUUUAUCAAUCACCACUGUCACCCAGAUCAGAAUGAGUUAGCCUGGCCAAAAUCAUCUGAAGCCAUUGUCCAAAUGCCCCAGAAAAUACUAGCAAGUAAUACUGUUUAUCACUUCCGAUUACAUGUUCAAAAAGACUCAAGAGAGAGUUAUUUUGAUCAAACAGUAAAUGUUCUGCCUGGCUCACCACCUGAAAUACAAAUCAACUGCAUACAGAACUGUGGUGCAUCAGUAAUUUCCAGUAAUAGACUUAUAGUAUCUUCCAAAUGUAUAAGCUGCGAUACUGAUGACACGCCUUCCUUUGAAUGGUCUUUGUUUUCAAUGAAAGAUACAUCUGAGAUUGACUUUGACUGGAUUGGGAAAACUGAAACUGGAAGGUUCAUCAGAUACCUGUCAAUAAAUACUUUAACACUUCAAAAGGAAACAAAUACUGCAUUUGAAUUACAGGUCAAAGUUAGUACAAGUAGUGGCACACCAAGCACACAGAGAUAUCCUUUUCAUAUCAAUGAACCUCCGAAAGCAGGAACAUGCAGUAUUGCCCCAACCAGUGGUAUAGCAUUAGUAACAACAUUUAUAGUUCAGUGUUCAGACUUUGUGGAUGAGAACCUUCCAUUAAAAUAUAAAGUUAGAGCUUCUGUGGAUAGUGGCGAAAGUGUGCUGGCAAGUUCAUCACAAGACCUUUCUCAAGGUACAAUUGUGUACUUUGGAUAUCAGCCUAUAACACCACCAUUUGUACUUCCUUGUGGCAUUUCUUCACAACACAGUGAUGUGACUUUAUAUAUUCAAGUGUAUGAUCAGCUAGAGGCAUUUACACAAGUAUCUGUACUUGUAAAAGUCAAAGACUUAAAAUCUGUCAAGGGUAAUUUUACAGUGGCUGAAAAACUUCGUGAAAUCGCAAGGGGUUCACUGACCAGCUCAUUAAAAGGCAGAGACUAUGUCAAAGCAGGUGGACUGGUCUAUGCAAUGGCCUCAGUUUUAAAUGCUCCUGACAGUUCACUUGAUUUGAUGCAAAAGACUGCACUGCGGGAGUUUCUUCUCAACAUUUCUUCAAGCAUGCCCAUGGACUCCAUUCAUGAAGUCAGUCAAUUAGCUGCUAGCAUAUCUAAAUUAACCAAAGGAAGUAGUGAAUUAAGCAAGCGCAGCCAGGAACUUUCUGUCACAAAACUAGUGGAAGUUAGUUCUGCUCUUAACAACUAUUCUAAAAAAGGCAUAGGAUCAGAAACAACAGAAAAUAUAGGCGCUACUGUCAUGUCAGCUGUAGCCAACACACUUGAAGCUUUAACAAAAUCUAAAGCAUUAAACAACACUGAUGUCUCACAUCAAACUGAAGGUGUGGGUAGUGCUUUCACUGCAUUAAAAUAUUUAUCUGAUGCCAUUUUUCAUGGAAAAGUACCAGGACAAAAUGCAACAGAAUUUAAAUCAAAAAAGAUGAACAUUACUUAUAACAAAAAUGAGCCUGAAAAAAUAACUGACUCUAUAAUAACCAACAGUGAGUGCACAACAUGUUUUUAUCCAAAAUUGUCUCAAAACAUAACUUUUCCACCUGAAGCUACUGUAUCUGUUGCUGUUUAUGAAUUUGAAGAUAACCCUUACUCCUGGCUUUCCAAUGGAGCCAAUUUUUCAACUUCUGUUACUGCUUUUGAAAUGCUGGUUUCAGAUGACAAUGGUAAUGUAUCCAACCUGGAUGUAGAGACUAUAGAAGUGGUUAUGGUCACUAAAGAUAAAGUUCCAACACAAAGUAUAAUUCUUAAAAAAACGGGAAAAGAUAUAUUAAGUGCAGGAUUGAGUUUUGAAAUGAUUCCAGAUGUCAAUUCAGAUGUUUUAAUGCAGUUUUUCUCUAAAAUAGAUGUUUCAUUUUCUGUGGACAUCUACCUAGGUAAUUCAGUUACAAAGCCUAUUGGGUCCUACAUAUUACCUCGCACAAAUACAAAAGGAUUAAGAAGUAAAGUCCAAGGAAAUGAAACUGUUAUAGUUUCUGUAGAGCUUCAAAAUCCUUAUGUUGUGUAUAUUCCUCAACAGUUAACUUUGAGUGAAGGACCCAAUGAUAAGUACAACGUCACCAUUUUAUUAAAAACAGCCAGCAGUAGGAAUAUAAGUGAUACAUUGGUAUUAAAUAUUUCAAUUUUUUCUGCACAGUGUUCAGAAUUCGACGGGUCCUCUAAUAGUUGGAGUAAAUUUUCUUGUAAGAUGGGACCACUUACAGACAAAGACAAGGUGCAUUGCAUAUGCAACAGCACUUAUUUUGCAAGAUCAAAAAGUCAAGUACAAUUACCUAAAACAUAUAUGCGGUCUGUUGCAGGGAAGGUUUUUGUGUUUCCAUAUUUUGUGGACCUCAGCAAAAUUGGUAGACUGUUUGAAACAGUAGGUAGAAACAUGGUGACUUUAAUUACUGUUUUUAUCAUUGUUCUCAUUUAUACAUGUUUAGCAAUAUGGGCUUUUAAAAGACGUAGAUUUGAUGAAACAAACAGAGACCAAGUAAUUGUUUUGCCAGACAAUGAUCCCUUUGAUAAAGUGUGCUAUUUGGUAACUAUUUACACAGGCACUUGGCCAGGAUCUGGAACGAGUGCUGAUGUUUUCUUCAGAUUGAUAGGUAGCUUGGAUCAGAGUGAUAUCCAUCUUCUUAAGCACCCAAAACAUAAAACAUUCCAUAGAGAUGACGUUGAUACCUUCUUGGUUACCACAAAGACUGACUUGGGUGAUCUGCAUUCUGUUAGGUUUUGGCACAAUAAUGCAGGCAAUUCUCCAGAUUGGUACCUCAGUCGAGUCAAAGUUGAGAACUUGUACAAUAAACAGGUGUGGUAUUUCAUGUGCAGGAAGUGGUUCACCACAAACAAAGAUGGUGGAAUCUUAGACCGGACUUUUUUAGCUACUAAUCAGGACAUGUACGUGGACAAAAAAGACUUCUUUGCCAUUCAAUUGUCAGUUGACUUAAAAUGCAAUGCUUUGUGGUUUUCUGUCUUUGCACGGGUUAUCCAAAGUUCUUUCACCAGACUUCAGAGAUUAUCUUGUUGUUUUGCCUUGCUGAUGAGCAGCCUUCUUACGAAUAUUGUUUUAUUUCGUAGAGAAAGAGAUUCAAACAAACAAGACAUAUAUAUGUUGCAGUCAUUCAUGGUUGGGAUUGAAAGUUCUCUUAUUAAUGUGCCGGUGCAAAUUAUACUUACUAGUUUAUUUAAAUAUUCUAAACAAGAAACUGCGACUCCAACAAAUGCACCUUACCAUAACAUAUUACAAUAUCUAGAAGAAGAGGAAAACAGGUGCAUAAAUCAGUGGUUAGUCAGAAUGUCUGAUGCUCAACCUAGAGACUGGAGGGAACGCCUACAAAGGUGGUACUUGUUGGAAGGGUCUGUUAUUUCCGAUGGAGAUAAUUAUAAUAUAAAGUCAAAGUCCCAGAGUCUUAAGUCCUCUACUGCGAGUUUAAACUAUGUUUUGCCUGCUUCUGUGACAGAUGCUAUUUUUACAGAAGAUGAGGAUGAAAAUGAUGUAAAAGAUGAGAAAGAAACCAAGGAGCUUCAGCAAAACAAGCCAGAGGAACCAUUAGCAAAGGUGGAUGUAACCAAAAACUUAUUUCCAAAAAUUACACCAAUGCUCUUUACAAAUAGUUCAAAGGUAGUCCUUUCUUGGUGGUGUGUGUAUGUGGCAUGGUGCUUUAUCAUUAUCUGUAUAUCCAUAUCUGGUUUCUUUAUCAUACUGUAUGGCCUUUCCUAUGGCACAGAGUUGUCAUUAAAGUGGAUUUUUGCUUCCACAGUUUCAGUACUUCAGACUCUGUUAAUUGUUCAGCCCAUCAAAAUUGCAUGCAUUUCUGCCAUCAGCUCUUUUAGAAAGAGACGUUACAGCGACCUUCCUUGGCCAAGCUCAACGAAACUUCUAGAGAUUGACAUGGGAGAAGUUCCUCAGAAUAUCGACGAAAUGCAAAGCAGACAUUCUGAGUUGAUCAGAGCUAGAAAGAGCAAAACAUACAAACCUCUGGGGGAUGAUGAAAUCACAGCAAUGAUGAGAAGAGAUGCAAUUAAAACAAAAGCUUUCAUUUUCUUAAAAGGCAUUGUUAGCCAUUUCAUAGUCAUAGGCCUAGUGCUACACAUAGCCUACUCAAAUGAUCAUACACGUGCCUUUUACUACAAGAAGUUUAUUAAAAGCAAAUUUUCUGCAGAUCUAAGCACCGUUGAUGCAAUAGAUCCAUUUUACUUAUGGAUGAACAACAAGGCUUUACCUUUACUCCAUGAUCCAAGCAAUCCGCCGUUUGUAUCAGAAAUCAACUCCAUAAUUGUUGGCCUGGCUAGGAUACGUCAGAUUAGAGCAAAACGGGGACAAGUACACUGCAUAAUAAAGGAUAGUUCUAUGUUCAGCACAAUGAUUAGGACAGGGCGUUGCCAACCAAAAUAUGGGAAAGAACAAGAAGAAAAAAAUAAUUACAAUAAUUCCUGGGAAACCGUUUACCAUGUAACUUCAGAAGAAAAUAUCAGAGCGUAUACAGGUUGGGUCUAUGAAAGCAACUCUUUCCCAUGGGAUUAUGAAAGUUAUGGAGAGCAACAUGUUUAUGGAACAGGAGGCUACACUGUGUACUUCUUUCCCACUGUAAGCAUGGAUAAUUCUUCUCAAAAGCUACUGGAUCUGAAGACAAACAACUGGCUUGAUGGAAACACGUGGGCUGUAAUUUUAGAAUUGACUGUUUAUAAUCCUGAUGUCAAUUUAUUCUGUGCAAUUUCAGUUGUCUUUGAAGCCAGUCCUUUUGGGGAUAUCAAUGGGGUUGUAUCAGUCAAGCCCUUUUCAAUGAUUACCCUUGACAAAUUAUUUAAUUCUAAUAUUUUAGUCAACUUUGCCUUUGUACUUUUUCUUAUAGUAUAUCUCACAGAGGAAUGCAUAACAAUGAUCAGAGAAAAGAAAAGAUAUAUCAGAAAAAUUAAUAACCUCAUCAAUUUUGGUCUAAAAUCUAUCUUUUUGGUUACAGUGGGCCUCCAAAUCUCCAUGUUUUAUAAAUCUUCUGAAAUGCUUAAUUUUUACAACCUCUACAAACAGUCAUUCAUUCCUUUACAUGCCAUGGCUUCCCAUGAUGAGAUUUUCAGAAUAACUGUUGGGUUUUUAUUUUUCUUUAGUGUUUUAAAAACUCUUAGAUAUGCCAAAUUUAUUUACACUGUGCGUCUUGCCCAAAGUACCAUCUUGGUUGAACUGCCUGGUAUCUGUUCCAUAGCAAUAGUACUAUUGGUAUUUUUUCUUAUUUACACUGCUUUUGGGCAUUUAGCAUUUGGCCAGCAAGAUGUGAAUUUUAACAACUACCUUCAUGCAGCUGAAACCGUCUUAUCCUACUGUGUUUUAUCUUUUCAAAAGGCUGAGUUUACAAGUAACUUCCUUCUUGCUGCUUUUUAUCUGACCACCUUCAUGCUAGUUAUGGUUUGCAUAUUAAUAAACCUAUUCCAGUCUGUGAUUAUAUUGUCGUAUGAGAAAAUGAGGAGACCUGUCCACGAAGAUCCAUCUGAUGAGGCAGAAGUGGUGGCUUUUUUGGUUCACAAACUGCAGUUCAUUUUUUACUCCCUAAUAGGCAGGAAGGUUACUGAAAAUGAGUUUAAGAGCUUCAAUGGUUUGCUAUAUGGGCAUCCUAAAAAGAUGGAAGACAAUAGCAUAGGACUGAAUACAAAGGAUAUCAAUGGCAAGAAGAUUGCUUACAUACUUAUCUGACUUUAAAAUGUUCAUGCUUACAUGUGUUCCUAGCUGGGGUUUUUUGUUCUUUGUUUACACUGUUACAGUUUUGAAAAGCAUUUAAUAUUUGUGCUAUUGUGAUACCACAUAAAUACUUUUUAUUAAUCCAAAAACAUUUUGUUGUACAUUAUUAUAAUUGUUUGCUUCAGUAGAAACGAAUCACAAAAUACAUAUCUAAAUGACCAUAGCCUUGAGGAUUAAGAACAAAUGGGCUCAUUGGAUAUUGUGAACCACAUUUUAUAAAAUGGCUUGGAAAUUCCCUGCAUUCUGGUCGGCUGCUGACAUUCAAAGCCAGUACAACUGUACAACCAAUGGUUCAGACCUCAUUUCAUUCCAUGCAUCAAGAUCAAAGCGCAUCUGGAUCAACAGCUUUUUAAAGUGAAAUUCCCUGCCAUUACAGCUGGUGGUUAAGAUCUACAGGCCACUGAGAUGUGUAGUUCUUUUCAUAAUUAUUAAGCAAAAUAGGCUGCGUCUGUUAAAGGGUACAUCAGCACUGCAUGGAAGAUAAAACAUAAACUAUCCCACCUUACUUUUCCGAAUGUAUUUGGUCAUUGUAUAAUAAUCUGUAUGCACCCAAACAUCUGCAUAAUGCCACACUGCUAUGUCCCACUGUUCUCAAGCAUCUCUUCUGAGCCAAAAAACAUGACUUCCUCAUGUACUUCCUCACAUGUACUCUGAAACAUACCAGCGCAUGCCCAAUGAAGCGUUGUAUAAGCUAUAUUACCUCUGUGUUGAAACACACUAGUCUGUGUGACAAACAUGAUCUGUUUAAUUUUACAUAAGGAAUGAACUUGUACCUGCUUUCGUUUUGUG